AUGAACUCGAAGAGAUAUACGGCAAGGUCCACCUCGACAGUCGACGAAACGAGGGCCGCCUCUCGAGUGGAAAGCAUAGGGGCAUCCAUUCUGUCGGGUGCUUCAUCCACAAGUGUGCUCGGCGGGGAAAUUAUCAACUCGCAGAGGGACCAUAACAGGGCUACAUUCAUCAUCAACCUCUUAAUCAUUGGAAAGCCGUUAGAUAUUGGGGCACCUGACUCCGACACAUCGCGUUCCACAUUGGCCGUCAGCAAGCCUAGUACUUUGGGCACGGUAACAGACUUGCCUCAUGCUAGCACUUCAUCCAAGUUGGCUAGGGAUCUCCCCUGUCCUAGCACUUCAUCUGCAUCAGACCAAGAACAAAGCUUGCUAGAGGAGUUCAAUGCGUCCACAGAUUCAGGCUAUGGUAGUGAAGUAUCUUCCGAAAUCAAGCGUGGCGAACGUGCUGACCUUGAGCAGUCUCCAGACUCUCCGCCCAAUGAAGACGAGAAUCUCUUCGAAGAAGAGCCCAACGCCAUCUACGAGCGACACAUGUAUCUCAAAAAACAUGGCUUUCCUCUCUGGAUUCCUCAACCCAACAUGAGGCUUCCUCACUCAUACCGACGACAAGGUGUCAGCAUCGGUGAUGUUGGCAUCUUCGCAUGGGAUGGUAGCUUUGACUUCCUUUUCAAUGUCUGUCUCCCGGCAGGACAUCCUAAUAACCCUGACGAGUUGCCCGAAGGCUUCUCUUGCCUUACGCUCAGACCUACGGAUGUUUCCGAGGUCCGUGCGCAUUCUGCGCACAGCCAUAUGACAAGCGCGUCUGUACAAAAACAGGAUGGAGCAACAUUCGAGUGCUCCGGUUCUGAUGGUGCUGUUCUAACCAUGCCUCAAGGAGCUUAUCACGAAGACUUGAAAAAUAUCAGCAGAUUUAGAGAUUACGCAUUGACUCACGCUGAAAGCUGGUAUCAGUAUGCCAAUGGACCUUGCGGUCGGGAAAUUGGCAAUGGUCAACUUCACAUGGUAACAGGUUGUGAUAAGACCACUGCUUGGGGAAUUGCAACCUACUCGCAUCUCCAGUCGAAACGUCCUGAAGGCAGCGUAACCUUGUUGAACUUUGAAGCUGUUGGUAAUGAACAUCAUGGUCGGCAGCCUUAUGCUUGGGAUUACAAGGGCACAGUGGAGGCGAAGGUUGGUCCCGAAGAAGAUGAGCUUGUGGACCUAGGGGUUCAAGGUUCUGCCCCUCUUCGAAAUCAGUGCACCUUCGUUCGAUCUCUUACCCCUACGCUUGGUCAUGAUGACUGGGAACGUCUGCAAUCGAAGAUAGUGGCUUCAGCGAAAGAUCAAGCAUCGGAGCAGUCCCCCAAGAACCCUAUCACAUCAGUUUUAGGUGCCAUAAGCUCACUUCCAGUAAUAUCAUCUGCAAGGCCACUUAAGCUCCUUAUGUGGCUACGGUCGCGGAAGUACUUCGAAGCUGACCGAUUCAGUGACUCCUGCACAGGUCAGCAUUUCCACUUGUUUCAUGCCCCUCUUCGUAUCCUUACUAUCUUGAUGAAGCCACUAUCAGCUCACCCCGCGACCUACGUCACUGACAUGAUACUACAAAAGUGCCCCAAAGCCAAGGUUGUAGUCGUCCAUGACAGCGACUGGUGCUCUGUAAUCCGAGACUCAUGCAAGACCUUCCGCAUCGACUUCAAGAGGCAUUUGAUAUCGUUGAAGAGAAGAAUGGGCGACCACGGUGAUUCGAGUGAUGAAGAUCAACAACCAGGGCCUUCGCAUAUUUUCGACCACUUUGCGCCUCCAUCCCCUUUGAAAAUGAAGGGCGACUAUUCUUCGUUCUUCAAGGACGGUGAAGAUGAAAAUAUCAAGUUUGAUGAACAUUAUGAUUCUGGCGAGGCGAAUGACGAGGAUAAUCCCAUGCUGGAUGCUGCCUUCCUCGAUUCCAUCCUUCCACAGUCACAAAAGGCGAAUCACAACGCCUCAUUCGCACAGCCUUCGCCCCUCAAGACGUCGAUUGAUGCCUACGACGACGACCCGAGUCCUGAUUCUAGCAAGCACGGUCUCACUAACAGUCCAGACGAUGUUGGCAUCCCUUUUCCCGCCAUGGAUCCACAUUCGUCACAAGAUAAUUUCAACAAAGCCAGGGGAAUGUCAAUGAGCAUUCCAAUUUCCGGCCAACAAAGCUUUUCUUUGGCUCCUCAGGCUACAAAUCCCUCCAGCUCUCGCAGAGUUUCUAGCUUUCCUGAUUUGCAACACGCGCCUGAUCUGGAUGUUGAUCUGGAUCGACUGGCAAAGGAGGACCCAUUGACGACGCAGAUUUGGCGAAGGUAUGCAAAGACGAAAGCAACAUCACCUCAUGCUCAGCGGAUGGAAAAUAUAACCUGGAGGAUGAUGGCGCUGGCCCUCAAGAAGAGGAAAGAAGACGAAGAAUUUAAAGCUACCGAGCGGCCUGCAGAAGUGGAAGAGGCCCCUCUCCAUGAUCAAACGUUAGUUCGUCUCCGCGAGGCGCCCCAAGUUGAACAUAAGCCGGACAAUGUAGGCGAACCAGAUCAAAGAGGGCGAAGAACUGAUAAAGGGAAAAGAGUACGGUUCUAUCCUUCCUCUAAUCUCGAAAAUAGUCAGGUGUGCAUCCAUCCGCACCUUGGAUUAUCAUCUGUUCCUGCCAUCAAUUAUGAUGUUAUGGAUCACCCAUCCUCUAUCCUCGAUCAUCAUCAUCAUCAUCGCAUCUCCAGCCGCAAUCUCACGGAACCAGCUACAACUCCUGUACUCAGGAAACUGAGCAUCGUGUCUGAACAUUUGCCCUGGACUAUCAGUAUCUCAGCGUCGAAUGGCUCUUACGUCACUGUUGGAGAUGUACUGGAGGGCGUGUACAACGCACUGCAAAAGAACAUCACACCUGGGGAGUACAGCUCGCUUAGUUCACAUAACAAGCGCAGAGCUGCUCAGGCAUACGAGCAGCGAUACCGCAGGCAUCGCAGCUCCCAAGCAUAUGACCUGGAGAAACGUGGGGGGAUGAAACGCGUUGAUUUUCUUAUGGGAAGGACCAAGUUCUGGGGAUUGGCCAUGACAAGCCAUGGAUCACACAUGUGGCAGCUCAGUGUUACAUGACCUCCCCUCGAGUUCCGGUCAUCAAUACGAUUUGCGGCACCCUGCCAGUAUCGGUGAACGAUCUCUUCAUGGACCUCCGGCUCCUCCUCCCUUUGCUCCAGCAAACUAUCCCCAACCGCCCUUCAGCGGCGGCGAUCAUCACCCAUAUGUAUCGAAGGCUUCUUCUCGCUCUCGUCUAUUUACCAAGAAUUUAUUCUCUUCCCUCUUCUGCUGGACUCGACCCUGACCCAAUGGACUUGACCUUGCGCAAUAAAUUUAUACCCCAUGGAUUUAUACCCGCUAAGAGAUGCGCCAUGUACCGCGCAUUGCGUGUUCUCUUUGGAUCAGACCUUGUUGUCUUUGGAAAUGGUGCUGUUAUGAGACACCAUCCCAUUAUCAUACCGCCAGAUGUCGUGGCAGUGUGGACUUUUCGUUAUUUUUAUUGCCUUGCUGUGCUCCUCCACCUUUCGCCUCUCGUACAGAUCCAUACACAUCUAAUGCGCCUCCACUGUUACUGUUGAUCUUCCAUAGACACCUCAUACCCUUUAUACACAUACGACUUGUACGUUGAUGAAACCGGUGUCCUAAGUGACACCCUUCCUGCGUUCGACGUGAUUGUUGAAAUUUCAUUUUGCCUUGAACG